CUCUGUCCUAGACGGGGAAGGUGUGAGAGGCUGGGGCGGCUUGGGGCUGCCGGGAGGGAGUCUGAGACAGUCCGGACCCCACCUUCCCGCCCCGCACCCUCCUGCUCUGCGGCUUGCCGGCCUUAAGUCGUGGAGCCCAGUGAGGUCCUGCAUAACCAGGUUACCCGUUUAAAGGGCGGACGGUGCAGUCGUAAGAUAGCAAAGUUCACAUCAAAUAAAGAAUGCGAGCAGCCGCAACAGCGCGAACAUCUCCGGACUCCUUUUACUUCUCCGGGGGACAAGGCCACCAGCCCAGAGCAGCCCGGGACGGCGGGGCCGGCCUCGCCCCCUGGCGGCCGCGUUGGGCUCAGCCGCGGCCGCCCUCCGCCCCGCCCCUUGAGGCGGUAGCCAAUGGGAGCCCUGGCCCCGCCCCCUCAGCCAGUAUUUAGCCGCGGACCGGGACGCGCCCGGAGGACGGGAGGUGGAGGGUGUGCGGAACCGGGGUGGCCCUGCUCAGCUCUGUCGGCCGCUUGAGGCGGGCCCGCUACAGCACCCCUUCUCCCUGGGCCACCAGGGACCAGUAUGUUGAGCCCGCGUAGAAGGGGGUGAGUCCCAGAGCUGCGACUGCACAGAGCUACCGCGCCCCAUCGGCGGGUCGCUGCCAUGGCCUGGGUGGCGCUGCCGGGCGCGCUGCUGUGCGUGCUGCGCUUCGGGUUAGGCACCCCAGAUUCUGAGGGCUUCCCGCCCCCUGCUCUCCGCCACUGUCCUUACAAAUGCGUCUGCGCUGCCAAUCUGCUGAGCUGCGCCGGCCUCGGGCUGCAGGACGUGCCAGCCACGGUACCUUCGGCUGCUGAAGACCUCGAUCUGAGCCACAACGCGCUCCGGCGCCUCCGCCCGGGCUGGCUAGCGCCGCUCGCCCGGCUGCGCGCCCUGCACCUGAGCCACAACGAGCUGGACGCGCUGGGUCGCGGCAUCUUCAGCAACGCCAGCCGCCUGAGGCUGCUCGACCUGUCAGCUAAUGCCUUGCGGGCGCUUGGCCGCCACGAUCUCGACGGGCUGGAAGCGCUGGAGACGCUGCUUCUGUUUAACAACCGUCUAGCGCACUUAGACGCGCACGCUUUCCACGGCCUGCGAGCGCUUGGCCGCCUCUACCUGGGCUACAACAAACUCUCCUCCUUCUCUUUCAAGCACCUGCACGGCCUGGGCACGACGCACCUGCGCACUCUGGACCUCUCUUCCAACCAGCUGGGGCUCGUGGCCAUCCCGGAGCUGGCCGCACUGCCGGCCUUCCUCAAGAAUGGGCUCUACUUGCACAACAACCCGCUGCCCUGUGACUGCCGCCUCUACCACCUGCUGCAGCGCUGGCACCAGCGGGGCCUGCGGGCCGUGCGCGACUUCGCCCGCGAGUACACAUGCCUCGCCUUCAAGGUGCCCGCGUCUGGCGUGCGCUUCUUUGAGCACAGCCGCAUCUUCGAGAACUGCUCAGCAGCCCCCGCCGUGGGCCUGGAGCAACCCGAGGAGCAGCUACACGCACAGGUGGGUGGGUCCCUGAGGCUCUACUGCAACACCAGCGCCCCGGCCGUGAGCAUCACCUGGGUCUCCCCGCAGCACGAGCUGCUCCUGGCGCCAGGAUCCCACGAUGGCAGCAUCGCAGUGCUGGCGGACGGCAGCUUAGCCAUCCGCACCGUGCAGCAGCAGCACGCAGGCAUCUUUGUGUGCCUGGCCACCGGGCCCCACCUGCACCACAACCAGACGCUGGAGUACAACGUCAGCGUGCACUUUCCACACCCGGAGCCCGAGGCUUUCAACACCGGCUUCACCACGCUGCUGGGCUGCGCUGUGGGCCUGGUGCUCGUGCUGCUCUACCUGUUUGCACCGCCCUGCCGUGGCUGCUGCCCCUGCUGCUGCCGCCGCCAGCUCUGCCGUGGCCGCCGGUGGCCCCGAGCACCCAGCCCACUCCAGGAGCUGAGCGCGCAGUCCUCUGUGCUCAGCACCACACCCCCAGAUGCACCCAGCCGCAAGGCCAGCGUCCACAAGCACGUGGUCUUCCUGGAGCCCAGCAGGAGGGGCCUCAACGGACGUGUGCAGCUGGCAGUGGCGGAGGACUUCGAUCUCUGCAACCUUUCGGCCCUGCCACUUAAGGCUGGCCCUGGGUCUGCCAGCUCCACAGGCUCGGAGGGGCUCGUGAUGACCUAGCUGCCCAGGGCCCACCCAGGCCUCGGCCCUCCUCCUGCUUGUCGCGCUCCCUACUGCUGUCCGGAGGACUGCUAGGCGCUGGUGGGAAGCCCUGACCCGGCCUUACGGCUCCUGUGUGGGCCCUCACCUGCACCCAGGGUCCCUCCUCGCUGGGAGAGGAGCUGGAGUCCCCAACUUGCCUUCUGCGCUGCCUAGCACAGGACCCCCAGGCCCUGGGGCCUGACAGUGCCUGUUCUCCCUGGAACCUCCUAAGCCCGUGUCCCCUGAGCAUGGGGGACCAAGCCCACCUGGAAGACCCCUUGCAUUUAAAGUGCAUUCAGGAAAGUUGAGUGUGAGCCCAUGGGGGCGGGGGGAGGGCUCAGACUUGGCCCCUACCCCAGGGCAGGAGGCAGCGGAGAAAAUCAGCCCAUCCUCCUUCCCUUGGGUGAGACAGAAUGCCCUCUGUCCACCAGCAUCCAGCUCACUAAAAGCUUCAACCCUCAGUCUCCAGAGAGCCCAUGGGGCCCUGAGUCCCAGUCAGAACGGUCCUGCUCUCUCCAGCCAGGGGCAUGCGGCAGUCACUCUGGAGGCAGAGCGCAUCCCCAGGGCUCGGCAUGGCAGUAAAGAGCCUGGUGAGCGGGCCAAGCCGGGAGGGCCCAGCCGGAACCUGACGUCUCUCGCGGCAGAAGCCUCUUCCAAGCUGGCACUGGUCUCAGCCUAAUGGCUAAAGCAGUGCCCCAGCUCCGAGUGCAUCUCCCCACUCCCACUGCAGUGGGCAGGGAAGGGUCUGCGUGUGCGGCUGAGCUGGGAUCCCCCUGGCUGUCCUAGCCCUGCUGUUCCGGACUUUCUCAAUAAAGGCAGUGUGUGCUCGCUGAGGGAGCCUCACAUGCAGGA